UCCCGCACAAGUCCCAAAGCAAUUUGGAAGCAGCAAGCAGCAGCAGCAGCGCAAGAAGAAUUUGUUAGAGAAACUGAUAUGGCGUCCAUGAUGGGAGGGGACUUCGUGGAGGCCUACGUGCUCAAGAACGCCUACAAGGAGAAGCUGAGGCGCAUGGACCAAGCGGAAGCCGCCGCGGCGCUCCACGGCGCGAAGAGCAGCAAGGACAAGGAGGACGCCGGUGCCACUGGAGAGAAGAAGGCUGCUGGUGGUGGUGGUGCGAGCAGCAGGGGAGGAUUCUUUGGCCUCAUGAAGAAGAAGGUGCACCCCAAACCCAAAGCAUCGGCGGCGACUUCCUCUUGAUUAUAUUACUGUAGUACUUGCCAUGCCACGAAAUUGUAAGCCGCAGCUUUCUUCUACGUAGCUAGUAGCGUGCGUGCGUGCGUGUGUGUAACUUUGUUCCUUUGAUCGAUUAGCUUCUCUUGGAGGAGUGUGUAAAGCAAGUUCUUUUGUUAAUUGGUCAAAACAAGUUGACAGGAAUUCAGUCA